AAAAGUCUGUCACGGCCAGCAGUAGCUUUCAGUACCUUCCAAACACUCAAUGUGGAGUGGCAGCCGAACAAUUUGUGGAUUUUCAGUGUAAUAGUGAAUGUGAUUUAUCUGCAGAGUAUCUUUUAUGCUGCUGCUCUAAUCUCAAGUGCUUCUCUUUUUUUUCCUUCUGUUUCCUCAUUCUCUAUUCUUAAGCCCAUUCCAGUGAUUAUCCUACCUUAAAGGUGAAUUUUUGUGGUCUUUUUUUUUGGUAUUAAUUUGGUACUAACUGAUUAACCAUUGAAGUGGGUGGAAUUUAUGCGUGAGGAGGGGUUGAAUUAACACAUUUAAUCCUUAUUGCUUGCUUAGCGAAGGAAACUAACCAGGGUGGAAUUUUUGGGAGGCCUUAAAUGAUGGAGGAAAAUCGAUCUAUCGACAUGGAGGCGCCGGAAUUCAAGGAGUUUGCCAAAGAAAUGGUGGAUUAUAUAGCGAAUUAUUUGGAAAAUAUCCGAGAAAGGCGCGUUCUGCCCACUGUUCAGCCGGGCUACUUACGGCCCCUGAUCCCUGGCGAGGCUCCCCAGAAGCCAGAAAGCUGGCAGGACGUGAUGGCGGAUGUGGAACGAGUGGUGAUGCCUGGAGUCACCCACUGGCACAGUCCGCGAUUCCAUGCUUACUUCCCCACCGCCAACUCCUACCCCGCGAUUGUAGCUGAUAUGCUGAGCGGAGCUAUCGCCUGCAUUGGCUUCACUUGGAUCGCCAGCCCUGCUUGCACAGAACUUGAGGUGGUGAUGCUGGACUGGCUCGGCAAGAUGCUGGAUCUCCCCGCAGAAUUCCUGGCAUGCUCAGGAGGAAAAGGUGGCGGCGUGAUUCAGGGCACAGCCAGUGAGGCUACACUCGUCGCUCUCCUGGGCGCCAAAGCCAAGACGAUGCAGCGCGUCAAGGAGGAACAUCCUGAAUGGGAUGAGGCGACAAUUGUGUCAAAACUCGUGGGAUACUGUUCACUUCAGGCGCAUUCGUCUGUGGAGCGCGCAGGAUUGCUGGGAGGGGUUAAAUUGCGCUCCCUGAAGGCUGAUGGCAUGAACAGACUCCGUGGGGAAACAGUAGAGGCGGCAAUUCGGGAUGACUUGGCGGCAGGAUUGAUACCUUUCUACAUUGUCGCCACUCUUGGCACCACGAGUUCCUGUGCCUUCGACUGCCUGGAUGAGAUUGGUCCAAUUGGGAAUAGGCACAAUGUUUGGGUGCAUGUGGAUGCUGCCUAUGCAGGAUCGGCUUUCAUCUGCCCAGAGUACAGGUAUCUCAUGAAGGGAAUCGAGACGGCGGACUCCUUCAAUUUCAACCCUCACAAAUGGAUGCUGGUGAACUUCGACUGUUCAGCCAUGUGGCUCAAGGAUCCACGUUGGGUCGUGGAUGCCUUCAAUGUGGACCCACUCUAUCUCAAGCAUGACAUGCAGGGAUCAGCUCCUGACUACCGUCACUGGCAGAUUCCACUGGGACGUCGAUUCCGAGCCCUCAAACUCUGGUUUGUGCUGCGUCUGUACGGAAUUGAGAAUCUCCAGGCUCACAUCCGUCGUCACUGUGGAUUCGCCAAGAAAUUCGAAGCUCUCUGCCGGGCAGAUGAUCGCUUUGAGAUUGUGGGCGAUGUGACCAUGGGACUGGUCUGCUUCCGCCUCAAGGGAUCCAAUGAGCUCAAUGACACCCUCCUGAAGCGCAUCAAUGGCCGUGGAAAAAUUCACAUGGUACCCUCGAAGAUCAAUGAAGUCUUCUUCCUCCGAAUGGCCGUCUGCUCGCGCUUCACGGUGUCAGAGGACAUGGACUUCACGUGGAAGGAAGUGGCAGAAGCCGCUGAUGAGGUGCUCUCGGACAAGAAAAUGAAGAACGGACAUGCCUAAGCUAGACGAAUUUCAUACAUUCAUGCACCAUUUUGAUGAGUAACACUUUAAAUUGAUUGGGAACAAUUUUUUUCUUCUUUGUGAAAUAUUUAUAGACAUUUAAGGAGACAAUAAAAGCUUUCUGUGUA